AUGCGCGGGGUUGCAGCGGCGCGUCAGUCUAGCGGCGGCCGUCGCGCGGGGCGGACGUCGCGAUGUGAGAUCGUGCCGGCCGCAGCCAUGACCGAGGGGGCGGGCAGGCCUCGGCCCGCGCCGCCCCGGAAGCCCGACUCGCUCGCCUUGAGCUGGCCGCGCUGGGACGAUCCUCCGCCUCCGGCCCCGGAGCCCAACAAGCCCGGCCCGUCGCCUCUGAAUGACGAUUUCGGCGGCUUCUGUCCAUACACACCCCCGAACCCGAUCGUGACCGAGACUGUGUCGCGUCGCAGGCCGCCCCCGCCUCGGCGGCCGCAUAGUGUUGUUUCCCCGCGUCCGUUGAAGCAGUUGUCGACUAGGCCUCACUCUAUAGGUGCUAUCGAGGAUGAGUGGCCGCCGGUGCCUCUGCUGCAGCCGGUGCCGCGGCGGCCGCGGCCGGCGUGCAGCUUGUCGACGCUGCCGCGCGCCUACAACAUACCCUCGUCGAGGAGCGACUAUCAGUUGCAACGGCCGGCGAUUAUGACGAACGGUUACGGCGCGGUACCGCCGGCGGCGUCGCGGCGGUUGUCGCUGCCGGGGCAGCCUCCUCAGGCCCCGCCGAAGCCUUCCGCUACGUUCCACGGUCUGUCGGCUCUCAUGGGGCCGUACCCGGCCCUGGGCACUCCUGGGACGCCGAGCACCCCGGCGGCGGUGCGUGAAGCCGUCCGCCACCUGCUCAUGCAGCCGCGCAACGGCUUCCCGAUCAUGGACCACAAGCUCUCCCUCUUCAUCGAGAUUCUCGACGCUCAGGAGAAAUUCUCGCAGGUGACUAAAGCCUUAAGUAACUCGUCAAUGCAAAUUGUUCGUGUCGUUAGCUCGAUCAUCGUCUGA